AUGGUGAGAAUUCAGGAAGUGGAAUCGUUCUACGCCAAACUUCGCGAAUCAGCUACUUCAUCGUCUUCUCAGAAUCCUCUCCUGAUAUUCCCUUCAUCAUCCGACGUCGAUUCGAUUUGUGCGCUCAAGGUCAUAACUCACAUCCUCGAGUCGGAUUCGAUCCAGUAUUCGUGUUUCCCCGUAUCGUCGUUUCUGGAAAUCCACAAGUACGCAGGUCCCGGGCUGUGUUCUCCGUCGCCGGAGAAUCCCGUCACUAUACUUCUGAUCAAUUGGGGCUGUCACCGUGAUUUGAAGGUUGUGCUUAAGCUAGGUCCAGCGGCUCGUGUCUUCGUGGUGGAUAGUCACCGACCUAUUCAUUUGCAUAAUCUGAGCGAUCUGAAUGAGCAGGUUGUUGUUCUUCACACUGACGAUGAUGAGAGGCAAGCAGAUCUGGCUUACGAUUUCGAUGUGUUGAAAUUGGCGAACGAGAGCUUUCAGUUACAUGUAGAAAGAGAAGAUGGUGAUGAAUCUGAUGGUGACUACGAAGAAGAAGAAGAAGAGGAGGAUGAUGAGGAAGAGGAUGAAGAAGAGGAAGAGAGUGACGAUGGAGAUGGUGGUAGAGCAAGGAAGAGGAGGAAAAUGAAUGAUGGUGUGAAGAUUUUCAAGAAGCAGAAAAGGGACUAUUACAAAAUGGGGACUUUCCAUGGGAAGCCAUCUGGGUGUUUGUUGUUUGAGCUAUCAAACGUGUUGAGGAAGAACACAAACGAGCUGCUAUGGCUGGCUUGCGUUUCCUUGACUGAUCAGUUCGUUCACGAGAGGUUAACCGAUGAGAGAUACCAAGCCGCGGUGAUGGAGCUCGAGCAACACAUCAACAGCUCGGAGAACAAAGACAAGAUCACAUCUGUGACUCUGAAAGACGGCACCAAGGUUCGAGCACCAGACUGCUCAAGAAUCUCAUACGAAGAAGAGCCAAGGCUCAUGCUUCUCAGGGAGUGGACUCUAUUUGACUCCAUGCUCUGCUCAUCAUACAUUGCAACAAAGCUUAAGACUUGGAGCGACAACGGGAUCAAGAAGCUCAAGCUUCUUCUGGCUCGUAUGGGGUUUGCGCUUAUCGAGUGUCAGCAGAAGUUUCCGUACAUGAACAACGAGGUGAAGAGGAAGAUGAAGCAAGAGUUUGAUCGGUUUCUGCCGGAGUAUGGUCUAAACGAUUUCUACUACCGAAGUUUCUUGAGGCUUCAUGGUUAUAGCUCAAGGGUCUCUGCAGCGGAUGUUGUGUACGGUAUCACAGCUCUUCUUGAAUCGUUUCUUGGCUCAGGUGGCUCCUCUGCUUCGAAACAGUUCGGUGAAGCUUAUGACGCUCUCUCUUUGAACAAUCUGGAUAAACUUCGGUUAGGGAUGCAACAAGCGAUCAAAGUUCAAAGAGCGAUUCUUAGACAGGGAAGUGCAGCGAUCAUGAAAACCGGAUGCAUCAGAAGCGGUAGGAAGUUCAGAUGGGUGAAGAUUGAGGAUUCAAUUGAUGCAAAGUAUUUGGGAUAUCCUCAGGCGUUGACUAAGUUCUGUUACUUUCUGAUGGAUGCUUUGAGAGAGAAAGGAGCGAGAAUGAAACCAAUGCUAUGCGCCUGCGCUUCGCAGCAGCCAGGGAAGAUACUUGUGGUUGGAGUUUGUGGGAAGCCGCGGCUUGGAGCGGUCAGAGGGAAUGCGUUUGGGAACGCGUUUAGAAAAGCAGCUCAAGAGAGUAGAGCUGAUUACUUUCAUGAGCUGUUUGAGUCUUCUUGGAUCGUUUUGGAUGCUUCUGCGGUUAACUCUUUCAUGAUUAGAUUAACUGAGAAGCUUUGA